AUCCCAAGAUCCAUUCAUAAAUUCUACACCCACAGAUUUCUGAGAUUUUCUCAGAAAAUUCACAUUCACUCAAUAACUCAUUCACUUUUUCUCAUCUUUUUUUUUUUUUUUUUUAUCAAAAAUUAUAUAAUAAUUAGGGAACCAAAAAAGUAAAAAAACUGAACACUUAAGUUGAAGCCAUUGGCCAAAAACAAAGGGCAAUACUUGCAAUAGCAGCACAAGAAAACAACAAAGACCCUGCUCUGCGAGCCUGUGGUAAUCUCCCCAAAGCAUCUCUAUACCGCUUAUCUCAGAAAUCUUAUCCAAAGCUCUCACCUUUCCUCUGUCUUCUUCCUCCUCUCUCUCUGCAAAUAAACCAUAUCUAUAUCCCUUCAUUCUCUGCUUCCUCCUCCUCCUCUCCCUUUUUUUUGGUUUUUUCUCUCUGUAUUUAUAUAUCUAAUAAGUAAUAUCCCCCUUCUCUCUCUCUUGGGUCAGGGUUUUGCUAUCUUCUUAUCUCCUUCCUCUCUGAAACCCUUGAGUAAUCGCUGUGCUUAUUGCAUACCAGUAUCCGAUUCAAUCGAGGGUUUUUCUCUUUUUUUUUUUACGGUUUUUUAACUUCUGGGGUUUUUUGGGUUUUUUCUUUUCUGCUCGACGAUGGCGUUGGCGUCGGCUUUUCUGGAAAUUCUUAGACGACCCACGAUUGUGGAGGUGCUCGGUGAGUUGAUGAUGUUCAUAACCCCUCUGUGGAUUGCUGUGGUUGUUGGUGUUUUUGUUGGGUGGGCGUGGAAGCCCAAAUGGGCGAACUUGGUUGGCCGAGAGCUGUUGGAUAGCCCAAUCACAAAACAAAAAGAAUCCUCCUCUUCCUCGUCGUCCUCGCAGAGUUCGUCCACGUGUAUCGGUUUGAUUCCGGGGCUGAGCUCGUUGAAGUUUCAGCUGCCCAGUUGCAUUCCAUGGCCUGCCGACGAAAGGAAUCCGAAAGAGGCGCUUUCUUUGCCACCUACCACCAAUCCUGAUUUCAGCUCCUCAAAGAUUGAAAGAGAAAGUUCCGGUCAUGUGAACAAUGAGGAUUUACGGCACAUAUGCCAGCUUGUUGAGGAGAAAGAUGGAGGGCCUGCUUGGAUUCAUAUGAUGGAUCGGUCUACCCCAACUAUGCGCUAUCAAGCUUGGCGAAGAGACCCCGAGACUGGACCUCCGCAAUACCGCAGUAGUACUAUAUAUGAGGACUGUACACCUGAGUUACUGAGGGAUUUCUUUUGGGAUGAUGAGUUUCGAGUGAAGUGGGAUGACAUGCUUGUACAUGCAUCUACUUUGGAAGAAUGUCCAACCACCGGAGCCAUGUUGGUGCACUGGGUGCGCAAGUUCCCAUUCUUUUGUAGCGACAGAGAAUACUUGAUAGGUCGUCGCAUUUGGGAAGCAGGACGGACAUACUACUGCGUAACGAAGGGAGUACCCUCCUCUGCUGUACCAAGGCGUGACAAACCUAGACGUGUUGACUUGUACUAUUCAAGUUGGUGCAUUCGAGCAGUUGAAUCAAAGAGAGGGGAUGGCCAGCUUACUGCAUGUGAAAUUUUACUCUAUCAUCACGAAGAUAUGGGUAUCCCUUGGGAACUUGCAAAACUUGGAGUCCGGCAAGGUAUGUGGGGAGCUGUUAAAAAGAUCGAACCUGGCUUGCGUGCAUAUCAGAAGGAGAGAGCCUCUGAAGCCCCACUUUCACGGUGUGCUUACAUGGCUCAGAUCAACACCAAAGUCAGUGCAGACUACUUGAGAUCUGUUGAAAACAGCACCGGCGAUUCCAUGGUGGUUGAAAAGUCAGAUAAGUUGGAUUCAUCGGACAAACCAGAAGGGAAGAGCAUACCUAAGCUUCUAGUUGUCGGUGGGGCUAUUGCCCUUGCCUGUAGUCUUGACCGAGGGCUCUUAACAAAGGCAGUCAUAUUCGGAGUAGCCCGAAGAUUUGCCAAAAUUGGUAGGAGGUUCUGAUUCCAGAGACGCCUGUUAAUGCCGUUGUCAAGUGAAGUGAGGAACUGCCAAACGGUGGAUCUCCACGCUUUGCCCCAUUUCAAGAGGAUUCCAUUGGAGGUCUUAUUCUUUGUCCUUUUUGUUUGAGCCAUGAAUACAACUUAAUUGUAGAGGACCAGCCAGAGAGAGAAGUAAAAGAAAUGUCUGGGAAGAAAGGAGAGUGAUUGUAUAGCCGUAUUCGUUAAAGUUGGAAAUGUGAUUAAAGGAUGUCUUGUGCUACAAGAAUAACAGUAACCUUCAGCUUCUUUUGAUGUUACAUUUUCAUUCUUUCAGUUCUAACGAUCUUGAAUUGCUUCA